GGUGCGGCGAUGAGGAGUGGUGUGAGGCUCUCCGGAGAGGCUGUUCCCGCACGGCAGCGUCCGGGCAUGGCAGCGUCGCGCUGAGCCCAGCCAUGCCCCCGCAGGAGCUCCUGGACUAUUCGCCAGCUCUGCGGAGACACAGCCCGCCGCGCGGCAGCGGCCCCGAGCUGGGCAUCAAGUGCGUGCUGGUGGGCGAUGGAGCUGUGGGCAAGACCAGCCUGGUCGUCAGCUACACCACCAACGGGUACCCCGACGAGUACCAGCCCACCGCCCUUGACACCUUCUCCGUGCAGGUCCUGGUGGAUGGAGCCCCAGUCCGCAUCCAGCUAUGGGACACCGCUGGACAGGAGGACUUUGACUGUUUGCGCUCACUUUGUUACCCUGACACCGACGUCUUCCUUGUCUGCUUCAGCGUCGUAAACCCAAGCUCCUUCCAAAACAUUACUGAGAAAUGGAUCCCUGAGAUACGAACUCACAACCCCCGGGCACCAGUGCUACUAGUGGGGACACAGGCAGACUUGCGGGAUGAUGUGAAUGUCCUCAUCAGCCUGGAUCACUACCACGUGAAGCCCGUGCCCCGGCCUCAGGCAGAAGGUCUAGCUGACAAAAUCCGUGCUGAAGCCUACCUGGAAUGCUCAGCACUGACCCAGAAGAACCUCAAAGAAGUUUUUGACAUGGCCAUUGUCAGUGGUGUUGAGCACAAAGCACGACAGGAAAAGAAAAUGACUGCCAAAGGCAUCAAAACUCUCUCCAAGUGCCGCUGGAAGAAGUUCUUCUGUUUUGUCUGAAGUUGUUUUGAGGAGGGGAGAGGAAAUACCUGAUGCCAGUAUUUGCUGUGCACUUUCUUGGAGUGACUGCUCCUAUGGCCCCAGUGAGGAAGGCAUGAUAAGCUGCUG